AUGAAAAAUCUUCAGCACCCCCAGUUAUCCUCCGAUAUAUUAAAACUAAUUUUCUCAAACUUCGCUGAUCCCAUUUAUCAAGAGGAACUUGUAACAAAUCCACCUGGACACUGGACUCUUUACAAUUGUAUGUUAGUUAACAAGGCGUGGUCAAAGGUAGCAGUUCAAUUACUAUGGCAACAACCAUUUAAAGUCACGUAUUCAGGACCAUGUUACAAAGUUCUUGACUUACUUUUGCCGAGGGCAAUUUAUGAAAAAGAAAUCCGCGAAAGGAAAAAGCAAUCCAAACAAAAACAACAACAAAAAUCUAUUUUAAUGAGGUACUUUUCAUUCUCACGGAAAAAGAAACAGCAAGAACAGCAAGAAAAACCAACAGUCACCAACCUUAUGUUUAAUUAUUCUUCCUUUAUUCAAAAAUUAGAAUUUAAUAGAAUGGUAACAGUGAUUUAUUGCUGGACAGAAAAAAAAUUGCCAAAUGACUUGAAAAAUUCCAAAGAAUAUAUUGUAUUAUGCAUUCGACUGUUAUUUGAAUUAUUUUUGAAUAAUGGAGUUCAGUUAAAGUCAUUAUAUUUAAGUUCGUCUGGUUUUUUUCGUCUUUCUACCGAGAAGGAUAAAAAUUGUAAUGUUAGUAGUUAUCUUCACUUAUUACUUGAUUCAAGUUCGAUUCCAUUAUUAGAAAAUAUACAUAAACUUUGGUUGAAAACAAAAUCAAAUAACGAGGAGGCUUCUAUUGCUGAAUUGCAUACCGUUUGUAAAAAUGUGAAAUUCAUGAAUUUGGACAAUUUAGCCGAAAACGAUCUAUACAGCAAUCAUCGGAUUACAAUAGAAAGAUUUGUGAAAUUAAUAGGCUCACAAAAACAACUCACCUCGCUCACAAUCUCCUACUGUUUGGCGAAAAAAAUUAACGACAUCCUGAAAAUUCAUUCAUCAACACUUCGUCGAAUCAAAUUCAUCUCCUGCGAUUUCCUUAAUUGUCGAAAAUUGGAUGGUCUAGCCUCGUGCAUAAACCUCGAGAAAAUGGAAUUUUAUUGUUGCACUAAUUUAAAUGCGGAAAUGUUGCAGCCGGUUUUCAAUGCAAAUUUUAAAAAAUUACGAUUGGUAAUUUUAUUGUUUUCGUCACCUGAUUAUAUUUGUGAAGAGUUUCGCGCGUGGGCGACGGUCAUAAAUGAAACUGGGAGAGGUUGA